AUGGAUUCAUGCACUAAGGAAUUUUAUGAUAACCUUUUAACAUAUUUUAUCAAUUACGACCUUUCAUCAUUUAAUGUACGAAUCAUACCGAUGACUGAAGCCAAACAAGAUUUAAUUGAAUUAUCAACAAAUCCUUUAGAUGUAUGGAUAAAUACACAUUAUGAUGAAUUAUGUGCAGGUAUGACGUGUAAAAAUGCUCUAUUCUGCAAAUCAUCAGACAUGAAAGACAAAAACUUUCAAAUGAGCAUUAAGGAUAAAUGUGAUAGGAAACAUAGAAGAAUAGACGAUAAACAAACAUGGUGUUAUGUUUUGAAAGAAGAAAUGAAAGGAUUAUAUAAACAGGUUGAACCAAACGAUAAUGAGGAUUCAUUUACUGACGAUGAAAUACCUGUAAAUGAAGCUUUAUAA